CAUCAGUUUCUUGUGCUUGUUCUUGAGGACCUGGAUCAAGCAGAAUGAGCGGAAUAUAGAUUGGCUUAUUUUACUAAAUACCUAACCUGCUGAAUCUUUUUUGUUAAUCAGUUAAUCCCAAUUCAAAGGAAAAUAUGACAGCUAAUUCGAGAAACGCGUUUAACUAUCUCAUUUUUUCUCAAAAUGGAGUCGGGGACGAACAAACACACUACGACCCACUCGUUGUGCCUCAAGUCGCAGUGGGCUCCACUGUAGAAUCUCUUCAUUCGCCUAUGGAUCCCUUCAAGAAACGCCCGACGAAUCUCGGAGUGACCGCAACGAACGGAUAUGUUGCGAAAAGCCUCCCGGAGAGCAGCGACGACAGCGACGAAGGCUCCCUGCCAUGUACCCCGGAGCAGGACCCAGACAGAGAAGCCAACGGGUCUGCCGUUGGUGGGAGCAACCAAGUGCUGGAUAACGAUACAAUGGAGCUUAUUAGCAGUUUUCUAAGAGACUAUACAGGACUUUCAAGGUAUCGGUGGAAUCAAAGUAAAGCUCUAUCUACGAUGAAAAGGGUGGUGAAGGACCUUUUGACGAAGCACAGAUAUGCAUACAAUGGUAUGGUCAAUAGACUUGCUCUGGACAACCAGUCGGACGAAAUGGGGUUUGUUACGAAAGUAGCAGAGAGUCUCUUUUCAGACGGGACCACCAACUGGGGUCGGAUCGCCAGCCUGGUGGCCUUCGGGGCUGCAGUGUGUCAGCACCUGAAGGAGACGGGCAGAGAGCACUGCGUGGAGCUGGUGAGCCAGGAAAUAUCCACGUAUCUUCUGGCAAACCAGCGGGACUGGCUAGCAAAAAACAACUCAUGGGAGGGAUUUGUGGAGUUCUUUAGAGUAACAGACCCUGAAUCUACAGUGAGGAACACGCUGAUGGCGUUUGUUGGGGUCGCUGGUAUUGGGGCAACAUUAGCCUUUCUGAUCAGGUGAAUUUGUUGGACUCUGAGAGCUUAAGGAACUUUCCUGUAAACAAUUUCUGUUUUGGAUGCUGAAAUGGAAGUUGAACUUUGCAUAUAGUGGCUUAAAGGGUUUUUUAUUUAAAUUCAUUUUUGCCACAUGUCUUGUUUUUUUUGUUGAUGUUGUCCAUUUUGUAAAAGUUUUGAAACGUAUUUAAAUAUGAAUAAAUUUAUUUUUCUAAUGAGAAUAUAUUCGAUGUAAGAUAAAUGAUUAUGCUACUGUUUAGCUCAUUUUUAAUUUAAAUCUUUUUUUGGGGUGGGGGUGGGGUAAUCUGUUUACAACUAGAAUUACUUGUGAUUUUAUUUAACGUUUUUAAUUAAACCACAGGCCAAACCAAUAGAAACUACCCAGUUAAACAUAACAUUUUGCAGGCAUGACACCCAUUCCUUGAAAACGUUGGUGAGCAUUUGGACUUUUGUCUGGAUAUUUCACAAACUUUGGGGUUAGAGGGAUUGAUUUGCACAUAGUAUGUCAUUGUUAAAAUUGCUCUAUCCAGCAACACCAGUGGCUACAUUCAGAUUUAAGCUAAACGCAUAUGUACAGAACAAUAAAACAAAUUAAACAAA